AUGCUGACGGGGAUCCCGCGGGAGGUGGAGCCGGAGGAGUUCUACGCCUACUUGCGCUCACACCUCACCCAUCACGCGCUGCCCGCUCUCGUGAACGCCCUGCUCUUGCGCAUCCCCGCGGAAGAGGGGAAGGAAGGGGGAGGAAGGAGUACCGGUGCCGCGCUCGUGGACUUUUCCUCAAAGGCGGCCGCGGAGGCCGCGAUGACAGGACAUGUAAAUAGCUCGACCACAAAUAGUGGUGUGAUUAGCGGAGGAGGGGGAGGAGGAGUGUACGUUGCGGGCGUGAAGCUGCGUUGGCAGCCGCUCGGCGCUGUCAUCGCCGGGGAGGGGUCAUGGGCCGCCGCGAUGCUCCCCGACGCCAUCGCUGCGGAGCAAGAAGGGCGACGAGCCUACACCGCUAUCGAAGGGGAUGAAAAGGUGGCGAAGAAGUGUCAAACGAGCGUGGAUGAGCGAAGAAGAACCAGAAAGAGAGUAAAGGAGGGAGACGAAUCCAAUUCCUCCCCAAUGAAACUCUGCAAAUCUGAGGGCGGCGUGCAAAGGGAAUAUACACUACCCCUAACAGGAAAUUCCAGGGAGGAGGUUGUGGUGCGUCUUGUGGCUGAUCGCUCGCUCUCCAAACUUUAUCCUUUUAACCGAGAUGGAGAAGUUCAUUUGUUUAGCGAUAUCGAGCGUGAGCUACGGAGAAUGAUUAUGGGUGUUCUCUUUUCUCUUCAACGCAUUUCCGAUACGGAGGUGCACAUUAAUAUUGACCGCGAAACAGCCAACUAUUUACAAGAGAAAGAGGAGACCAAACGCGGUUCCGCGCGGCUCUGUUCUGUGGUAACGACUUCUACAGUAAAUUCAUUGAAUCAUGAUACUUUCCGCGAAAAUUAUCGCCUUUCUGAAGAUUAUCCAAGUCCUGAUGGAUUAAAGCAUCGUGCAGGUCUUUCAACCAAGCAAGAAGAAGUGGUAGUGGUGUACUGGGAAGUGCGCCAUGCUCGCCCAUCAUUAGAUAUCGCUGCGAUGCUAUCAAAUGGGAACCUGAGUUUAGCUUCCAAGAGCGAAACCCUAGCGGCAAUGGCACGUUUAAUGGAGCGCACCUCAGGAAAGUUCGGUGCUAUUCGUGAUACUUAUGGAAAUUUAUUAUUUCCCAACUAA